UUAAUCUGUAAUUGAAGUCGUUGUCUUCGAAAGCAUGUCAUGUUGACCUGUAUCUUUCAGACAGGGAGGGGAAAAGGGUUAUACUUCAUUACUUGUGGAAUGAACUUUGUUCGUGCCAUGUGGUUUCAGGAGUUGCAGUGAAAAGUUCAAAUCAAAGGUAUUGGGACGGAAACCAAGUUGCGCUUGUUCUAGUGACAGGUGCAGUGACAGUUGCCCCCGGCCCCGCGCUUUGCGGGGCUGCGGGCGGGCGAGCGGCGGCAUGCGCAAUUCCUUCUCAAGGAAGCCGUUGUCUUGGUUACUGCUGUUCGGUUCAAAUCAUGAGCUGACUCUACGGCAGGGCCUUGCCCGAGUUCGAGCCUCCGGCCUCUGCUGGAAACCCUGGAGGACCUCGCCGCCGUGCCACUUCACGCCAGGGAAAUCUGUCCCCCAAAGGUCUACCGUAGUGCAAGGAGGAUGAGUUCCCCGCUCAGUCACACGGGGAGGACAGUGGAAGGAGGUGGACGGAAGUUGGCGGGUACCCAUGCAAGGACGGCUCCUCUCCCCGCCGGGCAUGUCAGGCCUCCUUCCGCCCUGCGCCACCAGCGCCUUGGGCUCGGCCUUGCGAGCUCCCAGCCUCGCAAGUGGCACGGGCGGCGGCGGCUCGGGAUCGGGGGCGGCGGGCGGCUCCCCUCACCAGCCAGCCGUCAGCACCGCCGCCGGAGCAGCCCACCUCUCCCCUCCCGGGGGGCACAACCUCUUCAGUCUGCCCGUACCCACCCUGCUGGACUCGGUGGCCAGCCGGCUCUCUUCCAACCCUUUAGCAAUGGCUGGUUCUCUGGCGGGGAACUUGCAAGAACUGUUCGCCAGAUACCUGAGCUCUUCCGCCUUCGAGCCCUACUCCAGGACCGCCAAUAAAGAAGGCGCGGAGAAAAAGGCACUGGACUGACCCGGAGGAACUCGCUGUGUAUUUAUAUUUAUAGUACCUAUUUGUGACGAUUAUUUAUGGAAUACCCCCCCCUAUAUAUAUGUGACUCAUAUAUAGAUCUGUAUCCUUUCCAAAAUACUAUUGUCGGAGGGCAGGGCACCGCUAUGACACACUUGGAAAAGCACCUGCCCCAUCUUGUCACAUACCUCAAAUGUACGCUAGCAAGGGGGUGUUUCCAGGCCAGGCAAAGGCAGUAUUUGCUUAACUGUAGGCUUUAUUGGCCUUGAAUAAAUGGUUUCUAUUGCAUAUAUAGUGCAAAA